AUGUCGACAACAACCGCCCCCCACAAACUCUACUUUGGCUACGGCUCCAACCUCUGGCUGGACCAAAUGUCCCGCCGCUGCCCCUCCUCCCCUUACCUAGGGAUAGGACGUCUCCGCCAGCACAAAUGGUUCAUCAACUCGCGCGGCUACGCCAACAUCGCCCACGUCCCGACGCCCUCGCCCCCUUCUGAAGUCUGGGGGUUGAUCUACGCCCUCACACCCCAAGACGAAGAUAUGCUGGAUAUCAACGAGGGAGUCCCCUACGCCUAUGAGAAGAGGGAACUAACGAUCGAGUUUUGGGAACGGGAUGGGGACAAACAGAGAAAGGGGGAGGAGAGGGAGGCGUUAGUUUACAUUGACUUUGAGAGGGACAAGGGGGGGUUUAAACCGAGGGAGGAGUAUAUUGUUAGGAUGAACAGGGGGAUUGAUGAUGCGCUGAGGGAGGGGGUGCCGAGCAGUUAUGUGGAGGGGGUGUUGAGGGGGUAUAUCCCUGCCGAGGAGCAAGACGAAGAGGUUGAGAAGCUUGCUGAACGGCAGGCGGGUGGGUUUAAAGAUGAGAGCGGGGUUAUACCGGCGAGGGUGACGGCUGAGGCGGUGGGGUCGGGGGUUGAUCUCGUCAGCAAUGUGAAAGCCGUUGGGGAGGUUUUGGAUGGGAAGGAAUAUAUGAGCGGUGCUUCGAGCUCUAAAUCCAGAUAUGCCUUCAGGCUCCGCCAUCAGACUCCCUACCUCUCAUGGUACCAGCACUCAACCCAAGCCACGCACGUCUACGAAAUGCUUAACUACUUACCCAAGAACACACUCCAAAUAUUGGAAAUAGGCUGCGGCAUGGGUGCCGUCACGGACUGUUUAGCACAACACAUCAAGUCUCGGAAUGGUCACAUUGACGCUCUCGAUCCCGCACCUGACUCGUAUGUGUGCUCGCUGGAGCGGUACGUGCAAGAUACCGAAAACUUCUACCCCUCUCCGUGGACUCUGGGUGAUCAUCAGCACGCCGUGUCUCAACGGAAUCCCAACACGGUCACCUUCCACAAUGCGGACGCGAUCAAGUUCCUUGACGACGGAGACGACAAGGACAAGAAGUGGGAUGUGGCGGUGUUUUUCCAUUCCGUCUGGUACUUGGACUCGGUGGACGUCCUGAAGAACACACUUGAGAAGUUGAAGGGGAGGGUGAAGAGGGUUUUUGUUGUCGAGCAUGCGCUACGUGCCACGAACAAGUAUGCACGGUCGCAUGUGUUCGCCGCGCUUGCGAUGGCUGCAGUCGGGGAGGAGAGGCAGAAGAAGGGCGUGGACACCACGGGCCACGUGACGUUUUUGGGCACUCCUCCAAAGAUAAAAAAGGCCAUGGAGGAGACGGGGUGGGCGUUGGAAAAGGAGGCGGAGAUGGUGCCGGAUGGAGAGUUGAUCGAUGGAGUUGUCGAUGUCACAUGGGCUCGUUCAACCCAAUUUAGGGAGCAGUUCAAUGAGCUGGGACUGCAAAGCACCAAGAAGGAGGGUUUGGUGCAGGCUCUGCUGAACGCGGCUACUCAAGAGCUGGUUCUCGAUGAUAGGCGGAGGAUGAGCCGGUGCGGUGAUGACACUAUUCCCCACGCCUGUGCCAUGGAUGUUUGGGUGGCGAACUUUGUGUUGGAGAAAGAGGAAGAGAAGUAG